AUGGCGAAAAGUGAAGGCAAGGCGAUCGGCAUCGACCUCGGCACGACCUACAGCUGCGUGGGCGUGUGGCAGAACGACCGAGUCGAGAUUAUCCCCAACGACCAGGGCAACCGGACCACCCCUUCCUACGUUGCCUUCACCGACACUGAGCGACUCAUCGGGGACGCCGCCAAGAACCAGGUCGCCAUGAACCCAGUCAACACCGUAUUCGACGCCAAGCGUCUCAUCGGCCGCCGUUUCUCGGACCCAUCCGUACAGGCCGACAUGAAGCUCUGGCCCUUCAAGUUGGUCCCCGGGCCUGGUGACAAGCCCAUGAUUCAGGUCCAGUACAAGGGCGAGGACAAGCUCUUCGCUCCAGAGGAGAUCUCGUCCAUGGUCCUCACUAAGAUGAAAGAAGUCGCCGAGGCCUUCUUGGGUCAGACCAUCAAAAACGCCGUUGUGACGGUGCCUGCUUAUUUCAAUGAUUCUCAGCGUCAGGCCACCAAGGACGCCGGCGCAAUUGCAGGGCUGAACGUGAUGAGAAUUAUAAACGAGCCAACUGCCGCCGCCAUUGCUUAUGGUCUGGAUAAGAAGGCUUCUAGAAGCGGGGAGAAGAACGUGUUGAUAUUCGAUCUUGGUGGUGGGACCUUUGAUGUAUCUUUGCUGACAAUUGAGGAAGGUAUUUUCGAGGUGAAGGCCACUGCCGGAGAUACCCACCUGGGUGGUGAGGAUUUUGACAACCGUCUCGUAAACCACUUUGCUGCGGAGUUCAAAAGGAAGCACAAGAAGGACAUUUCUGGCAACGCCCGAGCUCUCAGGCGGUUGAGGACGGCCUGCGAGAGGGCAAAACGGACAUUGUCCUCCACCACACAGACGACCAUUGAGAUCGACUCUCUUUACGAGGGCAUCGAUUUCUAUGCCACCAUCACAAGGGCCAGGUUUGAGGAACUGAAUAUGGAUCUGUUCAGGAAAUGUAUGGAGCCUGUCGAGAAAUGCCUGAGGGAUGCCAAGAUCGACAAGAGCCAUGUUCAUGACGUGGUUCUUGUUGGUGGAUCCACCAGAAUUCCCAAAGUCCAGCAGCUGUUGCAGGAUUUCUUCAACGGGAAGGAACUCUGCAAGAGCAUCAAUCCAGACGAAGCUGUGGCUUAUGGGGCAGCUGUACAGGCAGCGAUUCUGAGCGGGGAAGGUGAUGAGAAGGUUCAGGACUUGCUUCUAUUGGAUGUCACCCCUCUCAGCCUUGGGAUCGAGACAGCUGGAGGUGUUAUGACUGUCCUGAUCCCGAGGAACACAACUGUCCCGACUAAAAAGGAGCAGAUUUUCUCGACUUACGCGGACAAUCAGCCCGGGGUUUUGAUCCAGGUGUAUGAAGGGGAGCGUCCGAUGACGAAGGACAACAAUCUGCUCGGAAAGUUCGAGCUCAAGGGCAUUCCUCCGGCACCGAGGGGAGUUCCUCAGAUCAACGUGUGUUUCGAUAUCGAUGCAAAUGGGAUUCUGAAUGUGUCGGCUGAGGAUAAGACGGCUGGGGUCAAGAACAAGAUUACCAUCACCAAUGACAAGGGGAGGCUGAGCAAGGACGAGAUAGAGAAGAUGGUGCAGGAGGCCGAGAGGUACAAGGCUGAGGAUGAGGCCGUGAAGAAAAAGGUCGAGGCCAAGAAUGCUCUGGAGAAUUAUGCUUACAACAUGAGGAAUACUGUGAAGGAUGAGAAGAUUGGUUCUAAGUUGGGUUCGGAUAAGCAGACGAUCGAGAAGGCUGUUGAUGAGACGAUCGAGUGGUUGGAUAGGAAUCAAUUGGCUGAGGUGGAGGAGUUUGAGGAUAAACUGAAGGAGUUGGAGAAUCUGUGUAAUCCGAUUAUUUCGAAGAUAUAUGCAGGUGGGGAUGUGCCGCCAUCUGCGGGUGAGAUGCCCGGAGCUGGUGGCUAUGGCGGCAGUACGGGUGGUGGGGCUACUGGUGCUGGUCCUAAGAUUGAGGAAGUUGAUUAA